UUCGUUUCAGUUAGUAGUGUCAGUCGCAUUGGCUCUAGUAUUUAUUCUCAAUCUUUUCAUCUGACUAUAUAUUGGUAUUGGUCCUGUAGAUCUUUGCAGACAAAGCUCCAACGCCAAUCCAGAAUGGCCCUCUUUCCAUCAACGCGAUCUCUUAUUUUCCCUCAAUUUGAGACCUAUCGCCUUCGCUCUCUUGAUCCCUCCACUGACCUCUCCUUUUCCCCUCUGCCCCAACCUGGGGCUACCCAGAGUCGGAUGGGAUAUAACCAGCAGCAUUUGAGCUUUAAGGAGGUCCGUUCACGUAUAGGAUGGGACCAUUUGAGCGUCUCUGGACGACGAGGGGUAUAUAUAGAUAAAGUAUGGGGUGUGGUAGGAUUUGUCAUUCAGGAUGACUUGACCCCGACGUUUGUUAAGCUUGCAGACCUUCCUGAACCUAUAUCCAUCUCUGAACAACAAUCAGAGUUCCCUUCUGUGUUACCUCUUUCCUCAACUCAAUGGGCCAUCUCAACAGGCAACGGCUCCAUCUAUAUCCUUCAAUCGUCAUCCCCCGAAAGUGAAAACUUUACAGGCGAAAUAAUAGCAAGAUAUGACUUGCACGUGGACGGACAAAGUGGAGUUGAACCUGCCCCUUUCCUACUUCGCGCCCACCACGACCUUUCGGACAGCGAUGUGCGUCUGCUGCUCACCAGAUCUCUUCAUCCAAACCAGGGAAAGGUAGGAUAUAAAUCCGUUCAAUCAACCCAGUUUCAAUUGCUUGAAAUCUCCCUGAACCCAUCAGUCCGCAAUGGUGUGGAUAGCCAACCAGGCAAGCUUGAGGUCAAAUGGGCUUUGCAAGGCAAGGAUUUGCCUGUAUGGUGUGCUUGGCAAGAAGAUGGUUGGCUUAUCCUUGGAGAGGAAGAAUUCAGAGAAAAAGUCGAUGAAUCAGGUCAAGAGGAAACUGAAGACGAGAAAAGCAAAAGGGAAAGAGAAGAAAAAAUCGCGAGGCUCGGCCUUGGUGCAAGUCUACCUGCAGAUGAGUCUGCUCUCGUCAAUGACAAAAAGGACGAGUCCAUGGAAGUGGACGAGGCGAGAGGAAACCCAUACUCCUGGACGCAAGAUGCGGAGUAUCUACACUUGACCAUUCCAGUUCCGGACUCUGUUUCCAGAGCAGUUAUCAAUAUAGGCUUCACUUCGACCAACUUUUCCUUUACCCUCUCACAAACCCCAUCCGAUUUAUCACCUCAACUUAUGGAAUUGCUGAGUAAACCUACAAGACAACUGUGGACCUCAAUAGACGUCGAUGCCUCUACGUGGACCUUUGACUCGUCCAAACAUAUCAUCGAAGUCGAUCUAAAGAAGAUCGACGAGAACACCCGCUGGCCAUCUGUCUUUUUUCCUGCCGAAGAUGAUGAUGAUGCUUAUGAAGAAGUGCCCGAGACACUCUCUGCCUCAACUCUUGCUGCUGUGCGCGAAACAUUUAAUACCAUCAAGACACGAGGCCCGGACGAGCCUGAGAUGAUGCACCCUGCGAUGCCAGCACUCUUGAGAGAAGAGAUGGAUUUUGACUUGGAUGAUGGCGAGGACUUCGGGGAGGGCAGCGGUGCGUAUGGCGAACUCGGUGGGGGAAACAGAGUCGGAAGGGAUGUGCUUGUAGGAUACGUUGAGGCUGGGUCCGGGAAGGCUAGUUGGUCCAAGUCGACCAACUCUGUCUUGUCCGUUCCUAUCAAUGGAUCGGACGGUAACAGUAUCAUUGUUAAGCAAGCUGUCGACGGAUUGGUUUUCCGCCCAACAACAGAUCUUAGCAAGAAGCCUUGGACCCAUAUCUCCACCAACCCGGCACUUGCCUUUGUCAUCUCCAGCAAACAUGACCUCCGUUUUGUGCGCCACCUUAUCACCUCCCCCACCUCCCACGACCCAACUUCCCCCUCCGCAUUCAAGAAGCCCAAGAUCGAUCCUGAACCGGUACAAUCCACCGUGCUCGCUUUCGACUCUGGUUCAUCAUCCGCUGGUCAAGGAAAUGUGUACAUCUAUUACCCAGCUACAAGCAAGACUAAUGCUCAACAAGGUGUUUUGAGCAUAAGUGGUGGAGAGAGGGGAGCGUUGUUGGGGGUAGGAUGUGUCAAGGUGGACGGAAAGGAUGUGGUCGUGGCGUUGUGUGAGAAUGAGCUAGUAGUGCUCAAGGGUGUGUUGUGAAACAGCCAAAAAUGGGCUUGGAAGUCACCCCUGUCUGGCCAAGAUGCUAUAAUUUAAGUUUAUCACUUACGCGCUCUUAAAUAACAGUGGCAGGUUAAGAAACGAUGGUCGUCUGUCUCAUGCAAGCGGAAC